CACACAGGCAUCACAUUCAGGUUUCUGAUCUAAAACGCUACGCACUUCUAAUCUCAAAGGAUUUGCUCGAGGAAUGUUGAAGAAGUUGCCUCUCUUGAAGAAAGGAAAAGGCGACGUUGGUGCAGAGUCUAGACAGCCGCUCAGGUCGGCGUCGAGGAGCAGCAGUCGUUCAUCGAACUCUGCUCUGCUGGAGAGAGAUCCAGCAACUGAGUUGGCAGUUGCUAGACUCAUAGACAUUGACCCGGAUGGUGAGACGGAUGUUGAAAGGUUGAGAGAUGAUGUGAGAAAACUUUCGAAGGCACUGAAGGAUGAAAGAGAGUACACGAAGUCUUUGAAGGGUCAAGUUGACAGAUUACAUCUCAUCCAAAUUCAGCCAAGUAGCCAAGUGCAAGAGGAAUUGGCAGUUGUGAAGAAAAUGUUUGAAGAGACUGAUCAGGCUAGGUUUGAAGCUACUGCUGAGCUUGACCAGCUAAAGGUCAAGAUGGCAGAAAUAGAGAAGGAACAAUUGCAGACACGUGAUGUAGCUAUGAAGGCUGCUACUCUGGCUACAGAUCUUGCUCAGGUGAAAGCAGAGAAUGAUGAAUCAAACACUCACGCAGCUGCUCUUCGGAGCCAACUGACAGUUUUAUCAGACGAACUUGUUCGGCGAAAUAAUGAGUUAGUCGAAUUGAAGAAUGAAGUGGAAUCACGGCCGACUGUGGACGACGUCGCAACAUUGAAGAAGGAAAUGCUCACACUGCAGGAGAACUUUCUCAAGCAAGCCCUCGAGAAAGAGAGCGAACUGAAAGAAGUAAGGAAAAAACGAGAAGAACUGUCUGAAGAAUGGGCAAAGAGUUCCGCCAGGGUCAAAGCACUAGAGGCAGAGUUAGGAGCAAAAAGCAUGACAAGCUCAGAGCAUGUUCAAAGAUUGGAGUUUCAAGUACAGGAGCUGAAAGAGUCGUUAGCUCAGUCACCUAAACAGGCCGAUUAUGACAGACAAACAACAAGAAUUCAUGAACUGGAAAAAACUCUUGCCGAUCGAGAAAAGCCAGAAGUAGUUGCCAGUCUUCGUAGCAAAAUACAAGUUCUUGAGACAGAACUAAGCCAGGCACCGAAACAGAGAGAAAUUGAAGAUAAAGUUUCGCAGAUAACAGCGUUACAGCUGGAGUUACAGGAAGUUAACAAAUCAAAGCAACACGAAACUCAAAUCUUACAAGGUCGAGUCACAGAGUUAGAGAAAGAACUACGGGAUGCUCCAAGGGAGGAUCAACUGACAAGUAUGCAAACACGUCUCAAGGAAAUAGAAGAAGAUCUAAAAUCGACAAGAUUGCAACAAGCCCAGACUGAAUCAAGACUGAUUGAAUCUCAGAAAGAAUUGAAGCAGACGUCUGGGAUUCUGGCAGAGAAAGAGACAACACUGUCUCGAAUGAUGACCGAACUUGAAAAAGCAAACGGGUCAGCUCGUGAUGAAGCUGCAGCUAAAGGUGCCGCUCAAGAAGAGUCGAAACAAAGACAACGUCAACUGGAAGACGAGAGAAGAAAAACAGCAGUCAUGGAAAGACAGAUUUCUGAUCUUGAAGGGCAAAUACAAAUGGCACGUGACAAUGUCUCACGAUUAGAGACUGAGAAACACGACUUGGUGCAGCAGAUUGAAGCUGGAGAAGGUGCUACUACUGCCAUUGAACAACUAUCCAGGGAGAAGGAGUCUCUGCAGCAACGAUUUGUUGAUACGGAGACAACACUGCAAAAUGAGGUGAAGACUCUUCAAGGAACAAUUGAAGAAAAGGACAAGCAACUAGGAAAUCUAUCAGAUCAACUCCAAACUUGGAAAGACAAAAGCAGCCAAUUAGAGUCUCAACUGACUGAGACCAGAGAAACAUGUCAAAACGUAGAAAGCCAACUACAAGAGAAAGUUACCAUGUUGACUGAUCUUCAGAGUAACAGUGAACUAAAUAUUUCUCAACUGGAAAACGAUUUGAGAUUAACAAAGACAGCCUUGCAGGAAAGUAAAGAUUUGGUCAAAGAGAUGACACUUCAGCAUGCUCAAAUGAAGUCUGAUUUGGAGCGUCAGUUGGAUAGCGUACAGCAAGAGCAAGAGGCAGUGAAAAAGAAUACCGAUAGUGAGAUAGACAGAUUACAUCAAGAAGUGCAGCAAAAAGAAGGAGCAAUAAUCAAACUGCAGCAAGAGAAAGAUGCAGACGUAGCAUCUAUUAACAGACAACUAGAAACAACUAAGCAGUCACUGGAUGAGACAGAUGUCAUGCUAAGGAGCCAUAAGGAAAACCUGACAAUGCUGCAGUCAUCUUCAAGUACAGAGAUACAGCAACUGAAGGAGUCUCUGAAGGAGAAAGAAGAUGGUCACACGUCUGCUAUUGUGUCGCUCCAGCGGCAAUUAGAUGACAAAACCUCAGAAUUAGAUCGGCUUCAAAUUACAUCCGCUGAUGCUGUUAAAGAAAAGGAAGCAAUUCAAAUUACUCUUGCCAGCACAAGUCAGUCUUUGCAGAUGAAGAUAAAAGACUAUGAUGAGUUGCAGAUGCAAUUAGCCUCAACCAAAACGGAGUCUGAAGUGCAGCGAAGUGAGCUAUCUGCAAACAUGGAGAAGGCUAAGGAGGCAGCUAGUGAAGUGAAAUUGAAAGCAGACAGUCUGCAGAUUGCACUUGCUGCCAAAGAAAAAGAAUGUGAAGAGUUGAACAACAAGCUCACCAAGUAUGCCAGUCAGAUAUCGGAACUAGAGGACCAAGUAAAAGAUCUAAAACAGUCAGCAGUAGCUGAGAGUGAGUCUAACAAAUCAACCAACAGUCAAUACGAAUCACAAUUGGCAGACCUCAAGAGCAAGGUGAGUGAAUUGGAAUUAGAAACAAAGAUUCUUGGCUCAUCAUUUGAGACUGAGAAGUCGUCUUCUGCCAACCUCAAAACUGAAUUGGACUCAAAGAAGUCGGAACUGUCUCAAGCUCAAGAUAAAUUGGUAUCACUUCAAGUGCAAUGUAAUCAGCACAAGCAGCAGCUGAAAGUUGAAACUGAGAAGUCAUCGGCUCUGCAAACACAUGUUGCUGAAUUAGAUGCUCAGUUGAUGCAGCAGACAGCGCAGUAUGGAAACAAUAGUAAACAACUGCAGCAGACAAAUGAACAUGUAACAGCUCUAAAACAUGAAAUUGAGCUGCUGCAUGAUGAGCUAGAAAAGAAGACAAAUUUGUGCAGGAAUUAUGAAGACCAAUUGGUCCUUUCACAGACAGAAUUAAAGGAAGCAACAAAGAAAGUCUCUGCUUUGGAGGAGGAACUCGAAAGUGUUAGACAUGAGUUUCAUCAACUCAGUGCCCAGUUUGAUUCGCGGGAGACUGAAGUAGAUCGUUUGACAAAGAGAGCCGAUGAAACAGAGAAAGUGAUGAAUGCAACAGUUCAACAGCUGACUGAGGUGAAGGCCACACUCACACAAAGAGUGCGCGAGCUGGAUUUGGAGCUACAGAAGGUCAGGUCGGAGUGUGAACAGCUGGAAAAUGACAAAGGGGAUGUGGAAGCGAUACUGACAGCAAAGAACAGUGCGAUGAAAGAUAUUGCUCAAAAACGUUCGGACCUGGAGAGGGAGAAAUCCAACUUGCAGUCAGAACUGGAUCGUCUGAAAGACGAAUGGUCAAAAGAAAGAAGCACAUUAGAAGAGACAAGAAAUCUGUUGAUGUCACAAAAGACACGACUGGAAAUGGAUUUAUCAAAGCUUCGGCAAGACCGAGAGCUAAUGGAAAAGGAUUCUGAGCAGCAACAGGCAAAACUGAGGGUUGAGGUGGCUUCAUUGCAGUCUCAGCUGCAGGAGACAAGCGAAGAGAGAACAUCACUGCAGCACUCACUAGAUGACAUAAGGUCAAAACACGAGGUAGAAAUGACUGCACUGAGUGGAAACUUGUCAUUGCUGAGAGCAGCCAUGGAAGAGCAAAACCAGCAACUAACGUCUGAACAGAAAGUUUCAAAUAAAUUAAGAGGCGACAUUGCAGUAUUAGAAGCGUCUGUUCAAAAUUUCCAAGAUGAAAGGCGUACUCUUCUUGAGCGAUGUAUAACCAAUGAGGAAGAGAUACAGAAGUUACGAGGUCAUGUAGCUGGCAUGAAAUGUAAACUAGAUGAGGCACAGGGCGCUCUCCAAGAACUAGGCAGAGAGAAUGCAUCAUUACAGAUUCACCAGACACGCAAAAUGGGUCGAAAGUGGGCAGACGACAGUCACUUCAAGAGUUGUCAUACCUGUCAAGUUGAAUUUUCUGUCAGCGUUCGAAAGCAUCAUUGCAGACAUUGCGGACUUAUCUUUUGUGACAGUUGUUCAAGUAGAACUUACCAGUUAUCGUCAUACAAGAAACCAGCUCGUGUGUGUGAGAGUUGCUUUAAGGAAUUGACCGGAUAAAAUGCUUAGAAGCAGACUAGCAAGUGUGCUAGUUCUGUUUGCUGCAAUUUUGAUCUGUUUCGUUGUCAUGUGUUCGAAUUCCAGGUUGAAGGAGACAUAAAAUUGGGACUAAUGGGUAUAGAUAUUAUGUACAAUUUGUUAUAUGUUGUAAGUGUCAAUAAGAAAUAACUAUUUACUUCAAA